AUGACGGCGCUGCCCGUGCGCCUCGUGGGUGUCACGGGCGUGCCCAUGUCGUCCCAUGAGCGCCGGCGGCGCACGCCAAAGACGCGGGAGCCCGCAGAGCGCAGCGAGGACGCGACGGAGCGGGUGCUCCUUAGUGAUGCGGUGCGCGAGGCGCCGUAUGCGAGGCCGUCGUCGUCGGAUGAUGAUGAGCUAGAGGAUGAGGAUGAUGAUGAAGAGGAGGAGGUGUAUUUAGACUUGCGUUUGCCUUUGGAGUCGUACUUUGUCUUCUUCUUCUUACCGGAGGAGGAGUUGAGGGAGCGGAAGAACCAGCCUGUUCGCCGGCGGGAGGAGGAUCCGAGGGAGGAGGGUGAGGAGGAGUAG